CAAUCCACCGGAAGUGGCGCGUCCGCCAUGUUAGGGUUUCGCCCGCGCCCCUGAGGAGGAGGAGGAGGCGGAGGAGGCGGCGGCGGUGGCUUGAGGGGCUGGGGGAAGGUAUCUUCCGAGUCUCCGUUAAGACGCCGCCGCUGAAGAGGAGAAGAAGGGAGGAGGAGGAGGAGAGACGACACCGAGACGCGUUCCCGAGAGGAGGAGAGAGGAGGAGAGGAGAGAGAGAGCAAGACCAUUUUUUUUCCUCUCAAAGAAAAAUUAUUCUGAGCAGUGCCAGCAGCAGCAGCAGCAGCGGCAGCGAUGGAGGGCAAUUGGAACGGGGGCUACAUGUACCAGGUGAGCCGCCAUAGCGCCGAGCUGCUGGCCAAGCUGAACGGGCAGCGCAAGGCCGGCAGCCGCCUCUGCGACGUCCUCGUCAAGGUGGGCGAGCAGUCGUUCCCGGCCCACAAGGCCGUGCUGGCCGCCUGCUCCGACUACUUCGAGUCGCUGUUCGCCUCGGACGCCGACAACUCGCUGCGCGAGCUCGAGAUGCACACAAUGAGCGCCAAGGUCUUCCGCGACAUCCUCGACUUUGCGUACACGGCCAAGAUCGUGGUGCGCCUCGAAAGCUUCCCCGAGCUCAUGACCGCCGCCAAGUUCCUGCUCAUGCGCUCCGUGCUCGAGAUCUGCCAGGAGGUGAUCAAGCAGUCGCACUCGCAGGUCCCUCUCCCCCUGGCGCUGGCGCGCUCCGGCCGUGACUCGGCCACCCCGACGGCCCCCUACCGCACCGUCGACUUCAGCUACGACCUCGACAUGGAGCUCGGGGGCAGCGGCGGCUCGGGCGGCGGCGGCGGCUCCGGCGGCGGCUCCGGCGGCGGCGGCGGUGGUGGCGGCAGCGCCGGCGGCAGCAACGCCGGCAACGCCGGCGGCGGCGGCGACUCGUCGUCCGGCGGUCCCGAGCUGCUGCCGAUGCUCGACUCGAGCGGCGACUCGGCGGGCGGCGGCGGCGGCGGCGGCAAACGCCACGGCCACCAGCAGCAGCACCACCACGGCCACCAGCAGCAGCAGCAGCAGCACCACCACCACGGCGGGCAGCAGCAGCAGCAGCAGCAGGACGGCGGCGGCCCGGUGAAGGUGGACGGCGUCGACCGCAAGGAGAAGGGCCGGGGACCCUUCGUCUGCGCCUACUGCGGCAAGGAGUUCCGCGACUCGUACCACAUGCGCCGGCACGAGACGCGGCACACGGGCAUCAAGAUGACCAGCAACCCGCGGCAGAAAAGCCGCAGGGCGGCGGAGGCGGCGGCGGAGGCGGCGGAGGCGGUGGAGGCGGCGGCGGAGGCGGUGGAGGCGGUGGAGGCGGCGGAGGCGGCGGAGGCGGCGGAGGCGGAGGGAUGAUGCAGCAGAUGGGCGGAGUUCCGUCCACCUCGUCCGACGCCGGUGAAGCGGAACCACCCGUGCGACGUGUGCGGCAAGGCCUUCCGCGACAUCUACCACCUCAACCGGCACAAGCUGUCCCACUCGGACGAGAAGCCCUUCGAGUGCCACGUCUGUCACCAGCGCUUCAAGCGCAAGGACCGCAUGAGCUACCACGUGCGGGCGCACGAGGGAGCCGUCGGCAAGUCGUACGUGUGCGACACCUGCGGGAAGGGCUUCUCCAGACCCGACCACCUCAAUAACCACGUCAGACAAGUGCACACCAUGGAGAGACCCUACAAGUGCCAGUCGUGCGAGGCGGCGUUCGCCACCAAGGACCGCCUGCGCUCCCACAUGGGACGCCACGAGGAGAAGGUGGCGUGUCACGUGUGCGGCAAGCAGCUCAACGCCUCGCAGCUGCCCGAGCACCUCAAGGUGCACGCUGAGAGGCCCACGCACGUGUGCAACAUCUGCAACAAGGGCAUGGUCUCCCCUAAGGAGAUGUGCUGUGUGGGACAGCUAACCGGGCAAAUCGCCGGGCAGAUACCAGCACCCAUCCCUGCUCCUGGACCCACCUACUUCCCCAUGUACUGACAGUAGUGAGCCGAGAUGCUGUCAGGCCUAGAGGAGGAGGCCUAUCCAGGCCGCAUCUGGGCACCGCGUAGCAAGGUGGCUGUGCCGCUGACAUCACAACUGCAGACGUCGCAGACCAGCGGCGGUGUGAGCGUACACACGGUGAGGAGAGGCACAGAUGGAGAGAGAGAGAGAACGAGGAGAGAUACAUCAAACAAGUGAUUUUCAACGUCAAUUGCCGGCUAUAGAAGAGGAUGGCCGACCGACGAACGGAAAGAGCGAGACGGGCCGAUGAUGUCCCCCCCCGCCCCCUCCGCCCCCCCACCCUGCUGGUUAUCAUGUGACCAGUACCAAGAUGGCCGCCCCACUCGUUAAAAAAAAAACAUUGAAGGAGGCUGCCCCAGCAUACCGCCUCUGAGGGAGAGCGAAGAUGGCCACCCACCAGGACCCUAGGGGUCCGUUGACAACCUUACUCAAAAUGGCCGCCGACCUCGCUCAAGGCGGCUGCCCUGCUCAAGAUGGCCGUCGACCAUGCUCAAGAUGGCCGCCGACCUUGUUCAAGAUGGCCGCCGACCCUGCUCGAGAUGGCUGCCAACCUUGUAUGUAUUGUACGUUGAACUUCUUUUGGCACCGAACGUAGCCAAACCGCGCUAAUCGGAGGUGCGGCGGAAGGACAACAAACUAAACACAAAAAGCAGUUCUAAAGACAUUUGGUUUCGAUUUAAGAUGGCCGUCACAAGGACUUAAGGACGUGUUGACAACAUUACUCAAGAUGGCCACCGUUAACGCCCACCCCCCCCCCCCUUGUCCAAGAUGGCCACCGCCGACAACCCACUCGUCCAAGAUGGCCACCGCCGAUUGUCCAAGAUGGCCACCGGCGACAAACCCCCUUUGUCCAAGAUGGCCACCGGCGACAAACCCCCCUUUGUCCAAGAUGGCCACCGCGGACAGCCCCUUGUCCAAGAUGUCUGCCACCGACAGCCCCUUGUCCAAGAUGGCCACCGCCGUCAACAACCCCUUGUCCAAGAUGACCGCCGCCACCCCCAGGCCCAAUAUGGCCACCCGCGUACACUCCAAGAGGGUUGGCUUGUGAUGGGCCGCCGUUUGGAACCCCGCUGGUGGAGACUGUCGCGAAGGCCGUGCCGGUUUCAUUUUCAUCCUCCCACGCUCAUCGUGGCUCAGUGUUAAGUUUUUUUUUUGUUUUAAAGAGAGAGAAAGAUGGGAUGGGACGAGGGGGAGAGAGGUUUCGGCAAAGGAAUAAGUAGGAACCACUCGCAUUUCUAGUGGACGCGUCCUAAAGUACCCAAUGUCAUGGGUGGUUUUUUUGUUGUUGUCGUCGUUUAGAUUCGGUUUAUUUUCUGAUGAAAACUAA